UAUAACAAUUAAAAGGAAAAUAUAAGCCAUUAGUAUUAUUCAGUAACAACAAGAAUCAUUGAACUAGUCAACGCUUACAUUCAAAUAUAAUAUAUAUUGUGUGUAUUGUGUUGCAUAUUUUAUAACACAUCUUCAAUUAUUUACAUAUAAUAUCAUUCCUUUCUAAAGUCUUCUAUAGCACAUGAUGAUUAAAAAAAUGUCCGAGACUCACCCUAUAACAAUACUCAUAAUUUCCGUUGACAUUUCACAUACUCAACUCAUAGAUUCAAGGAGAGGAGAUGUAUGGUGAAAUUGAAAGGUUCAUCAAAGUGUGGAUUUCAGCCAUCUUAGGUUUAUGUUAUUGUUAUUACAUAGCUGCAAGAAUACCAAAGGGCUUCUUGAGACUUCUCUCCCUUCUCCCUAUUCUCUACCUCUUCAUCAUCCUUCCCUUGAACAUCUCUUCACCUAACUUAGUUGGAUACACUUCCUUCUUCCUUGUUCAACUUGGCAUUUUCAAGCUCCUACUUUUUUCCUUCAACAAAGGCCCUCUUGCCCUAUCACCCCCAAACAUUGUCCAUUUCAUCUCCAUAGCUUCCCUCCCCAUCACCCCAAAACAACAUCCACCAACCAAUAAAAAUAACACCACCAACACCCAAAAGCCAAAAUGGCUAUUGCCCUUAAAAUUGCUUAUUUUUGCAAUGAUCGCACAUUUUUAUGAGUACAAUGAAUACUUCCACCCUCAUUUCAUAUUAGUCCUCUAUUGUCUUCACUUGUACCUGCGCUUAGAGCUUGUUUUUGCUCUUAUUGCAACCCCGGUUCAAACCCUUUUUGGCUUAGAGAUAGAACCACACUUCAACGAACCCUACCUUUCAUCCUCACUUCAAGAUUUUUGGGGUCAUAGAUGGAACCUUAUGGUUACUCGUCUUCUACGCUUUAUAGUAUACAACCAUGUAAGCUGUACGAUUACGGGUUUAGUGGGUCCCUCAUGUGCCACGUCAGCUGCCAUGUUGGCCACGUUCCUUGUGUUUGGGCUUGUGCAUGAGUUAAUCUAUUAUCAUGUUACAUGUGUACCUCCCACGUGGGAAGUUACGUGUUUUUUUGUGCUUCACGGUGUGUGCACGGUGGCCGAGGUGGCUGUUAAGAAGGUGGUUCUCCGUUGUGGAUGGCGGCUGCACCGUGCCGUGUCAGGGCAACUCGUGGUGGCAUUCUUGGCUAUCUCAGUAAAUUGGCUGUUUUUUCCUCAAUUGUUGAGGAAUGAAAUGGAUAGGAAGUCUAGUGAAGAGUAUGUAAUUUUGGUGGAUUUUGUUAAGUCUAAGAUAUACCAUUAAGAAUGUUUAACUCUUGAGAGUAAACGUUAAAGGAUGAGAGAGACUUAUAAUUGUAAUAUUUACCUUAAAGGGUAAAACAUUUCGUUUUUUUUUUAAGAAUUAUUUAAUUGUGAAUAAGGCAUAUAUGUUGAAUAUGUUGAAAAAUGAUGAGUGUGACUCAACAGCUAACAUCUGAAAAUGUGCAAGUCUAAAAACAUUAAAGUAUUUUAUGUUUUUAUUGGAUUUACGUGGGUGUAUAAAAAAAUAUAUGGGUGUAUGAGUUUAGGUUUGAAGGCAAAAAAAUCUUUAUUUAAAUAUUUGAAAAAAAAAAAAGAAACUUAAUUGCACAUAGUGUUUCAAAUGAAAGACACACAUACGUGGUUUAAAAAAAAAUACCAUCUCUAUCUUGGAUUAAUGCAUUGUUCUUUCUUACAAAAUUGGAAAAAAAAAAAAAAGGAAAAGUGUGUCCCCCCUUGCAGCAAUAACAAUUAAUCUAAGGAAAAUAUCAUCCAUUAGGAGAUUUAUAAUUAAAGUGUGUCCCCCCUUGUAGCAAUAACAACUAGUUAGUAAUAAAUGAUUGAACUACUGUUACAGCUGGCUAAGUUUCCUUCUAGAUUAGUCAAAGGCAAGAUCGAGAGGCACAGAAGCGUGGCAAUUAAUUUGGGUAGCUAAUCUGCUGCCUGUAG